GUGAGGGUAUAGCUCCUGGGAAACCCUGGUGUGACGGUCUAUGGGAGUCUCCCAUGUGACGGCAUCCCCUUGUUGGGCCCCAUGGUGGGUGGGGUCACUAGGAGCUGAAUUUUAAAAUCUAAAUAUGGAUUCAUUAAAACCUAAAACAUGUACUGAUGCAUUACCACCAGCCUACCUUAUCGUUCAUGCCAUGGGAGAAACACCCCUAUCUAAACGCUCCCCUUUUUUGAUUCAAAAAUUGUUUGAAUCGACCGUUGGGAAUCUGAAAAAAAUUCAAAAAUUGAGGUCAGGAGAUCUACUUGUAGAAGCAGCCUCCCCUCAACAGUCAGCAAAGCUUCUGAAAAUGAAGUCUCUAGGAGACAUAAUGGUAACCAUCACACCACACACAAAUUUGAACUCAUCACGUGGUGUGAUAUCUGAAAGUGAUCUGAUGUCUGAGGAUGAAUCGGAUAUUCAGAUCGGUCUUUCAGACCAAGGUGUCACUGCUGUUCGACGAAUUUCAAUCCGUCGAGAUGGCAAGUUGAUACCAACGAAACACCUUAUUUUGACUUUCAACAAACCAACAUUGCCAUCUUCUGUUGCGGCAGGAUAUCUCCGUUGCCCAGUUCGCCCAUACAUCCCAAACCCGCUACGUUGCUUUAAAUGUCAGCGGUUUGGACACUCCCAAACAUCAUGCAGAGGAAAAAAAGCAUGUGCACAGUGUGGAAAUGAAGACCAUGAGAGUAAUGAAUGCACAAGUUCUCCAUGCUGUGUGAACUGCAAAGAUGCUCAUCCUGCCUACUCUCGGAAAUGCCCUUCAUGGCAGAGAGAGAAAGAAAUUCAGCGAUUGAAGACUAUUAAUAAUAUAUCCUACCCGGAGGCACGUCGUAUGGUCACCUUAAAUACACCAGUGAAACAAAAGACAUUCGCUGCUGCUCUGAAAUCCACAAAGACAUGUGGAGUUCAGACAGACAUUUCUGUUUCACCCGAUGAAUCUCUGACUCGCCAUGAAAAAUGUCUGCUGAUACCAUCUACCAAAGCAACAGAAAAAGAGAAUAACAAAGCAAAACCACUCAUACCUAAAACAGGGGUAACAACUAGGAAUGUGGGUUCCAAAAAAGCCAGUAAGAACCCACUUAAUAAACAAAGAAUAAAAGCAGCCCUGUCUAAAACUAAAAAAUCAGAGACUCAGUCUAUGAGCGAGUUCUCUGACUUCUCUGAUGAAGAGAAUAAUAAGGGGGUGACACCACCAACAUCACCUCCAAAAGAAAAACCCCCUGUGAAAUUAAAGAGGGACAACCUUGCUAAAAAUGCUGCCUCAAACACAUAAUGGAUUAUAAAAUAAUCCAAUGGAACUGUCGUGGUUUCCGCAACAACUUCUCUGACAUUAAACACUUGACGUCAUCUACCUCAUCUCUCUGUGUGGCACUCCAGGAGACUCAUCUAAAACCUGGAGAAAAUAUUUCUUUAAAAGGAUUCAAUCUUUACCGCAAGGAUGAUGAUAGCCACAACCGUGCCAGUGGAGGUGUGGCUAUUGUAGUUUCAAAUCACAUCCCAUCCUUGCCGGUACAAAUCACCACUAAUUUGCAAGCCGUGGCAGCUAGAAUAUCUAUUGGAGUAACUGUCACAGUUUGUUCUAUAUACUUGCCACCAGAUGUCAGAGUGAAUGAGAAUGAAUUGGAUACUUUGGUUGAACAGCUACCAACACCAUUUCUUUUACUGGGUGACUUCAAUGGUCACAAUCCUAUGUGGGGCAGUCCUGACAUCAAUCGUCGAGGCAGAGCCAUCGAGAGAUUUAUAGGUAAUCACCAACUGUACCUAUUUAAUACUGGAGAAGUGACAUACUUCCAUGCCCCAUCAAGAACGUUCACUGCCAUUGAUCUAUCAUUAGCAACUCCGAAUCUGUUUUCAGCAUUUACAUGGGAGGUUGGAUCUAAUCCACUCUCUAGUGACCACUUCCCAAUAUUUUUAAAAUAUCAAGGCAGAGAAAGCUGUGAAACAGCCCGUCCACCACGCUGGAAACUGGAAACGGCAGAUUGGCCUACAUUUUCCUCCAUGGCUAACAUCACUGAGGAAAUGGUCAAUACUGCUGAUAUCAAUGAUGCAGUUGAAAUUGUCACUUUGUGUAUUAUUCAGGCAGCUGAGAAAACAAUGGGAAAGACAUCAACAAGAUACCCAAAGCAUCCAAAACCAUGGUGGAACCAGAAUUGCGAGGCAGCAUUUAAAGCACAAAAGAAAGCUUAGGGGAUUUUCAGAAGAUACCCUAGUGCUGAAAAUUUGGUUGCUUUUAAAAAAGCAAAGGCAAAUGCCAGAAGAAUAAGAAGGCAAAGCCAAAGGGAUUCUUGGAGGAAGUAUGUUUCUAGCAUAACAUCUUCCACUAGCUCAAAAGCAGUCUGGGAUAAAAUCAAUAGGAAAUACGCUUCUCACUCUCUGUCCAUGCUGGAAAAGAAUGGCACAAUAAUCCGCGAUAUACAGGGUAUUGCUGAUACGUUGGGUGAAACGUUUUCUACUUCAUCCAGCAAUAUUAUGUAUUCAAGAAAUUUUCAGGCUUAUAAAGCCCAAAGUGAAAAACAAUAUUUAAACUUUCAUUCCUCAUAUAAUGACGAAUAUAAUGUGCCAUUCACCAGCAUAGAACUACAUACAGCGAUCUCUCGCUCGGGGAAUAGUGCUGUAGGCUUGGAUAAAAUCCACUACAGCAUGAUUAAAAAUUUGUCAAACAAUUCCCUUUCUAAUCUUCUGUGUCUGUUUAACAGAAUAUGGACAGAACAUACUUUUCCUGACUCUUGGAGGCUAUCUAUAGUUAUUCCCAUUCCCAAGCCUGGUAAAGACCACAAGAAUCCCUCUAAUUACAGACCAAUCUCUCUGACAAGUUGUCUGUGUAAACUCUUUGAGAGAAUGGUAAACAGACGCCUGAUGUUCCUCCUAGAGGUAAAGAACUAUUUUUCACCACAUCAGAGUGGAUUCCGUAGGAACAGAAGUACCACUGAUAACUUAGUAAACCUUGAAACAUCUAUACGCGAAGCGUUUGUUAGACGACAGCACUUAGUGUCUGUAUUUUUCGAUAUAGAGAAGGCCUAUGAUCGCUGUUGGCGAUACGGGAUACUCCGUGAUCUGUACGAAUUCGGAUUGCGGGGUAAUUUGCCGAUUUUUAUAAAAAACUUCCUACAGAAUCGAAGAUUUCAUGUCAGGAUGGGCAACACUUUAUCUAGGC